UUUACGUACCCCCUCCACCCCCCCUGUCCCCUUCCCCGUCCCCCCCUACCCCCCCCAAAGUGUGCAGAGACCUCACUGCCGUGCAUUCCGUUGCUCCAAGCCUCAGUAGAGACAGGCGUUCCUCCCAUAAUCCUUCUGGAGGAGGGGUGCCCUCCCUCUUGGAUCCUUGAGGGCUCACCCCUGCCCUGCCCUGAUGUCUGACCUGGUUUCUAGGGUCCAUGAAUGAUCGUCAGUAGGCCAUGCCCACCCACCGCCCGCAGUGACCGAGGGGAGGGCUUGCCAAGAUAGCCACGUGCUCAGGGAUCCAGGCGGGCUUUCGCGUCAACAGAGAGAUCGCCCAAGAGUCGUGAACACGCUUUGGAGCCAGAACAGCCGGCGCCUUCAAAGGUGCCUUCCGGCGGGAAGGAUGGACUUGGGCAAGAGCAAGCUCCUGCGCACUGGCCUCAACGCCCUGUACCAGGCGAUCCAUCCCAUCCACGGCAUCGCCUGGACCGACGGCAAGCAGGUGAUCCUGAUGACGCUGCAGCUGCAGAACCAGGAGCCCAAGUUCGGGAACUCGCGCAUCAUCGGGCAGUUCGAGCACGUGCACGGGCUGACCUGGAGCCCCCCGGGCGUCAGCAGCAGCCCCACGCUGCUGGCGGUGCAGCACAAGAAGCACGUGACCGUGUGGCAGCUGUGUGCCAGCCCCUCGGAGCGGAGCAAGCUGCUGGUGUCGCAGACGUGCGAGAUCGGGGAGCCCUUCCCCGUGCUGCCUCAGGGCUGCGUCUGGCACCCCCACAAGGCCAUCCUGACGGUGCUCACCAGCCGCGACGUCUCUGUGCUGCACUCGGUGCACUGUGACAACUCGCGGGUGAAGGCCGACCUGGUCAAGGUGCACGGCUUUGUGCACUGCGCCUGCUGGACCCGGGACGGCCAGCGGCUGGUGGUGGCCGUGGGCAGCUCGCUGCACUCCUUCACCUGGGACGAGACGCAGAAAGCCUUGCACCUGUGCUCCUGCUGCCCCGUGUUUGAGGUGGGCAGUCCCAUCUGCUCCGUGCUGGCCACCGUGGACAUGCAGAUCGCCGUGGCCACUGAGCUCCCGCUGGACAAGAUCUGCAGCCUGGGCUCCAUGGAGGCCCUGGAGAUCUCCCCGCCAUCCCGGGCGGGCAGCACGCAGCCACCCUUCCCGGACCCCAGGAAGACCUCCGGCAGCUCGGAGCCCUCCUCCUCCUCCUCCGCGUCCGUCUCCUCUUCGUCCCUGGACUCCUUGGUGCUCUCUCAGAUUCUGCCCAGGAGCUCCAGGUCGGACUCCAACUCGCUCUUCAACCUCCGAGACAAGGACUGCUUGUCUGCCAUGGAUCAGGACUCCUCCCAUCUGGUCCUGGUGACCUUCGACAGGAUGGUCACCGCCACCCGCAAGGUGGGCAUCCCCGGCAUCCUGGUGCCGGACAUGCUGGCCUUUGACUCCCGGUCGCAGGUGGUCGCCGUGGCCUCCAACAUGUGCCACAUCAUCCUGAUCUACGCACUGGGCUCCUCGCUGGCUCCCAGCGUCCAGUGCAUCCGGCUGGAGUCCUGCGAGAGGCCCAAAGGCAUCUGCUUCUUGUCUGACAAGCGCCUGCUGAUCCUGGUGGGGAAGCAGAAGUUCACGGACCCCACCUUCCUGCCCUCCUCCAAGUCUGACCGCUACACCAUCCGCCUGGUCAUCAGGGAGAUCAGCUUCGAAGACGAGCCCUCCUGGAGGUCCGUCUGGAGCCAGCAGGACUUCUGCAAUGUCAACGUGACGCUGGGCAUGGCCCCCAAGAAGAAGCUGGGGGAGAGCCACUGCCCCAUCUUCUACCCCCCGCGGAAGGAGCUCCUCCUCCCCGGGAGCCUCACCCUCCACUCGCGGACAAGCGGCAAGACCCUCAUCGAGGAGAUCUCGGAGCCUUCCCAGACCUCCAGGUUCAACUCGCCGCCGCCCCCCACCGCCGCUUCUGCGGAAAGGCCGGAGGCCGGCCCCGGCCUCCAGCCUGCGGCCCUCCCUAGCCCCCACGCCAGGCCCAACUCCCCAAAGAACCACUGCCGCCUGAUCCACGAGCCCCUGAACCUUCCCCAGGGCCAGGCCGUCACCAACGAGAAGGAGGAAAACCGGCUCUGUGGGACGCUGGACAGGCUGUCCGGGAACUUCACGGAUCUCCACCAACGCCUCUCCGAGCUCCUCGAGCUCCUGCGUAACCAGAAGCAGUCGCCGUCCCCCACCAGUUACCCACACUCUCAAGACCCAUCUUUUCUUCUCAUCACCUGCCAGAAGCCCUCCUCCGCAGGCCCCGUGGUGGACAAGAGAGCCGUCCUUCUCUGCGAUGGCAAGUUGCGCCUGCAGAUGGUCCAGCAGAUGUUCGGCAUCUCUCUGGUGGAGAUGCAGCACGGCUCCCUCUGGAUCCUCCUUUCCGCCGACAGUGAAGGCUUCAUCCCGUUAAUCUUCUCGGCCUCCCAGGAGAUCAUCAUCCGCGACGGCAGCGGCAGUGGCAGCGCCAGCGGCAACGGCAGCGGCAGCUGCAGCAGUAGCACCAGUGCCAGUGCCAGCGCCAACGGCAGCGCCAACGGGCUGGGCUCCCCCACACAGUGAGUUGGUCCGUCUGUGGAGCGCGCAUUUGCACCUGAGCGGUGCCCACCCCUCUCGAGGCUAUUCUGCGCCGUUGAGACGUCUGGCACUCUCAGGGACAGUUGGGUCUGAAAGGGGCCGCUGUGUCACUUUGCAGAGAGACAGGAAGAAUACAGUCUGGUGACGCUGCUGCCACCGC